AUGACAGUGAAACAAGUGACUUUGGUCUCUUGUCAAACGAAAGACUGUUGCGGCUGUUUGAACAUCAAAGACUUGGAGAAAAAUAUAUUGAAGAAGGCGUUUAAAAAAUGUUUUGGCGUGAUGCGGCAAAAGGUGCAUGUUAACAAAAAGAUGCUGUCGGUGGUGAGCGCCGGUGCCGCGGCUGGUAUGGGCGGCAUGGACCGGUUGCGUGGCGGGGGAAGAGCGGCUGCAAGAGAACUUGCCGCCUCACGCGAACGGCAAGUACGACUGCACGCUGUGAGAACUGAUCUGACGCUGAACUUGCCGCCCAGUAUAGCGUUGCCCGAUGGCGAAGAACAUCGAACGUCCUAUUCGUCAGCUGCCGCCUCCAGGCUACAACUUAGGGAUGCUGAACAGGAAUCAGAAAUAUACCAAAAAUGCAUCCGACCUCCGCCGAAUCGAACCGUUAUGGACAGCGAUUCACCUCCACCUUACCGAUCGAGUUCGGCAGGUGUCCUUGCCUCGUGUUCCUCGUCUUCCGGUGCGAGCAGUGAUUGGUCGUCACCAUCGGGGAACGCACCGCUGGUAGUCCGAUGUCAUUCGAUGUCCUCAACGUCAUCGACGAUGACCUCCAAGUUGGGAACCCAUGGGGGUUCCCAUCAUCAUCACCACAAUGCCUCGUCGCAGGGCGGUCAAAAGACUGAUUUUUUACAAAGAACUGUUAAAAUAUUUACGGGCAAAAAAACGCCCACGUCGACGUCUAGUAGCCAUAAUAUGACGCCUGCGCCUUGCGUCAUAGUACCGCAAAGUCGGCACCAACCGAGGCGGGACAAUGCAACGGGACCUGGACAUCGACCGCCCGUCUGA